CUUUGAGAUUGAAGAGGAUAACGUGAGGCUGGUACAAUUCUUGGUAUGUAAUUUGAUGUCUUUAUGAAACUCAAAGCUUUCACUAAGGAAGGGCCUCUGCAAAUAUCGAAAAAUCAAAUCUUUCAGUCAGUAGAAAAGCAAGAAGGAGGAAGUGGGGUGUGGGUGGGGGGGACUGUACCGCAAAAGUGUGAGAGAGCUCAUAGCAGCCAUGGGAGUGAGAGAAAAUGAGAAUGCUGCAAUUUAUUGGCGUAAUGGAGGAAUUAAGAGAAAAUCUAAGGGUCUCUAAGCAAUUACUGAACUCCACAAGGACCGGACAGUUUUUCUGAUUCAAACAUAAAGGUCCCUUUAUUUUCAUAUAUCAUCAAAUUCAGUAAGAUUCAAGAAGUUAUACAAAAGAGAAAAUGGCGAAUUUCGUUCUGCAACUUCCAAAUAACCUGCGUUUAAGGAGCUUCACUGUCUCCUCAUCCUCCUCAAAUGGGGCUACUCCUGGUGUGCCUCAAUCUGCCGGGCCAGUGAUUCUUGAACUUCCCCUUGAUAAAAUCCGAAGGCCACUCAUGCGUACCAGAUCUAAUGACCAGCAAAAAGUGAAGGAACUGAUGGAUAGUAUCAAGGAAAUCGGGCUUCAAGUACCUAUUGAUGUGCUUGAGGUAGAUGGGGUUUAUUACGGCUUUUCUGGUUGUCAUCGCUAUGAAGCUCAUCAGCAACUUGGCCUUCCAACUAUACGUUGCAAAAUUCGUCGAGGAACAAAAGAAACUUUGAGGCACCAUCUUCGAUAAGAUCCAGCUAAAUCACUCUAAACUGAAGAUGCGUGAUAAUGGAUCGUCCUCCAACAAUAUUGAUGAUAUGUAUUUAAUGUAAAUGUAUACAAGAUUUGCCAAUGUUUGAGGUGUGCAGUACCUAAACUUUGGAGUUUGUACAUUAACUUGGUUGAUAUGCAAAAGAAGAUCAAUAAUGGCUUUAUAUAUUGCUAUACAAAUCCCAGCAUCCGAAAAGAAUAUUGCAUAAUUA